UUCUUGUUUGAUAUCCCAGCGUUCUGCACAUUCUCACUUCUCUUCCAUUCACCAAAUACACAGACACACAGAGUGAGAGAUUAAGCAAUGGCUAUCUACUGGUAUCCUUCGCUUGCUUCAAUGGCAGCCAUUCUCCUCAGUUCUUUGCUACUGCCAUACUCUGUAGAGGCCAUAACGAGGCACUACACGUUCAAUAUUACGUACAAAAACAUCACUAGAUUAUGCAAUACAAGGAGCGUAGUAACUGUGAAUGGGAAGUUCCCAGGGCCUCGCUUGGUUGCAAGAGAAGGUGAUCAAGUUCUCGUCAAGGUUGUCAACCAAGUUUCAUACAAUAUCACCAUCCACUGGCAUGGGAUAAGGCAGCUUACUAGCGGAUGGGCAGAUGGGCCAGCUUAUGUAACACAAUGUCCAAUAAAGACUGGGCAGUCAUACACUUAUAACUUCACCAUUACUGGGCAGAGAGGAACUCUCUUAUGGCAUGCUCAUAUCUCAUGGCUAAGGUCAUCCGUUUAUGGACCCAUCAUUAUCCUCCCAAAACGCAACGAAUCAUACCCAUUUCGGAAGCCUUAUAAGGAAUUUCCCAUUCUCUUUGGAGAAUGGUUUAACGUAGAUCCUGAGGCCAUAAUUGCACAGGCUCUUCAGACUGGAGCAGGUCCAAAUGUUUCAGAUGCAUAUACUAUAAAUGGUCUCCCUGGGCCUUUGUACAACUGUUCUUCUAAAGACACAUUCAAGCUGAAGGUAAAGCCAGGAAAAACCUACCUUCUCCGCUUGAUCAACGCUGCACUCAACGAUGAACUUUUCUUCAGCAUCGCCAACCAUACUCUUACCGUCGUCGAAGCAGAUGCCAUUUAUGUUAAGCCAUUCGACGCCGAUACACUCCUCAUCUCUCCAGGCCAAACCACUAAUGUACUUCUCAAAACCAAGCCUGCUUCUCCUAGCGCAAUAUUUUUCAUGUCUGCUAGACCUUACUUCACCGGCAGAGGAAGCAUUGACAACUCCACCACCGCCGCUAUUCUCGAAUACAGCCACCCGUCAAAUAGUUCAAGAAAGGUUCCCUUAUUUAAGCCAACUCUGCCACCAAUCAACGCAACAGGCUUCGUUGCAAAUUUCACCAGAAAAUUCCGCAGCUUAGCCAAUGCCAAGUUCCCUGCUAAUGUACCACAAACUGUGGACAGAAAAUUUUUCUUCACUGUCGGACUUGGGACCAAUCCAUGCCCAGCCAACACCACCUGUCAAGGACCUACAAAUACUACAAAGUUUUCAGCUUCGAUUAAUAAUGUCUCCUUUGCAUUACCCUCUGUAGCUCUUCUGCAAUCCUACUUCUUUGGAAUGUCUAAUGGCGUCUUCACAUCUGAUUUUCCUCAGAACCCACCUGUAACUUUUAACUACACGGGUACUCCACCAAAUAAUACUAAUGUUAGCAAUGGCACCAAAGCCUUGAUUCUACGGUUCAACACGAGCGUGGAACUUGUACUUCAGGGUACGAGCAUUCUUGGUGCGGAGAGCCAUCCUCUUCAUCUCCAUGGAUUUAAUUUCUUUGUGGUUGGACAAGGUUUUGGCAACUAUGAUCCUAAUAAAGAUCCUGCCAACUUCAAUUUGAUCGACCCUAUUGAGAGGAACACAGCUGGGGUUCCUGCUGGAGGUUGGAUUGCCAUUCGCUUCCUCGCUGACAACCCAGGAGUAUGGUUCAUGCACUGUCACCUAGAUGUGCAUACGAGCUGGGGGCUAAGGAUGGCAUGGGUAGUGUUGGAUGGACCACAACCCAAUCAGAAGCUACAACCACCACCGUCAGAUCUUCCAAGCUGUUGAUUUUCUUUUUUGUUUGUUGACCAACCAUUGGUCCGGAUUGUUCUUGUACAUUCACUUGACUUGAUUUUCUUAUGUUUUUUAAUUUGAUUUGUUUAAAAGUUAAUAAGAAUUUUGUGAAGCAACAAAAAAGAGAAGGGUUUUUCAAAUGUUUGGUCGUGAUCUUGUACUUUGGUUGGUCGAAGCUCAAGAGCAGAUCAAAUUGUAAACUUCGAACAAAUUAAUAAGAUUUAGCUCACAAUUUUUUCUAA